UUAGUGGGGGAGUUCAUUCUUUGCCGAGCCAAGGGCCUGGUAACAAGGCUCAACGGUAUGGAUCCUCAAAUGGAGAACCUGGGCCUUCCUGGCACCUGGGUCGCUCUAUUCUUUGGACUCAUGGGACUGUGUUGUGUGGUUACCGGUGGCCUCAUUACAUUUCUGCACUGGAGGAAGAAGCUGCAGCGGGAGAGGCGUGCCCAGCAUUGGGUGGAAGUGAUGAGAGCUUCCUCCUUCACUUAUAGCCCACACUUAUACUGGCUAAAUACCCAGAGACGUAAUGGUAUCGACGCAGCCAUGAAUAAAGGUCCUUCUCCAGCUGUUACCAACAUGGAGAUAAAAUUACAGAUCCCAGAUUGUGUGUGGGAGACAGACACCCCUGAAGAUAGGGGUUAUGGCUGCAAAGGCAGCAACCCCAGGGCAGAGACCCCUGUUGCUAUGGAAUCUGCUCUGGUGGUCUCACGGCAGCCCCUACCGAAUCGGAUGACACAGCGCCAGACCAGAUCCCCAUUCCCGAUCCUCAUCUUUGAGGAGAUACCCUUUGCCCCACCCCUCCACAAAAUGCCUCCCAUGCUGGAACGCUCUGCCUCCUACCCGAUGGAUAUCUAUGCUCAAAGGAAUGUCCAUUCCCUUCCCACACUGUUCCUGGAGUGA